AUGCUCGCUGAGAGCUCUCCUGUUGAGAAACACGACUAUGCUCACCGCUGCCUCUCUCUCUCCCUCUCUGUCUCUCUCUCUCUCUGUCUCCCCCCCCCCCCCAGGUAUGAGACUCUGGCCGUGGCCACAGAGGCGGAGAGUCGACAGGAUCCGGACCUGCCCCCCAAGACCGGAGGAGGCAAGAGGCUGACGCCUGACUGGACGUUUGUCCUGGGAGAAACGGCCCUGGACCUCUGUGUGCCCUCCUACUCCCACGCCUCCUCCUCCAUCUUCGUUCUGGGCGAGAGGAACCUCUACUGUCUCCGAGACAACAGCCACAUCCGCUUCAUGAAGAAGCUGGAGUUCAACCCCAGCUGCUUCCUGCCCUACGCCUCAGUGACGGAUGGCACCACCAACCUGUUACUAGGUAACCACACCAACAUGCUGCUGGUUUACCAGGAUGUGACCCUGAAGUGGGCGGCCCAGCUCUCCUUCGUGCCCGUGGCCGUUCGCGUCGCCAACUUCCCGGAGAUAAAAGGAGUGGUGGUCAGCCUGAGCUCUGACGGUCACCUCCUGUGCUCCUACAUGGGUACGGACCCGUCCUUCUUCUCCACGCCCAAGGUGGACGCCCGGGAGGCCGACUAUGAGCAGGUGGAUGCUGAGAUGAAGAUGCUGCAGAAGUUCAUCAGAGAGGCCUCCAGAACUCAGGACAUCCUGCCUAAAGCCGAUGCCGAGGAGGACCUGACCGUUACAGCGACUGUGUCCUCCAGCAUGGACAGCCCAUCGGUACACACUGGUUUUAAGGUCUUUGUGAGUGGUUGCAGUCGAUCAGCGCGUGUCGGCGUGCUAAACGCCACCAUGGACAUGACCGAACUCACGAGGAAACACGGCAUAAAGAUCCCGCCGACUUUCCCGGUUUCGGUGGAGCUGACCACGGCAUUGUUCAUCUUUUUAGACACCAUCGGAAAUGCGGAAGUGGUGAUUGACAACGGAAUCGAGGUGGGCGAUAACUUCUUCCCCGUUUACCCUCUCUGCACACCGGCAGUGAAGGUAACCGUGUCCAACGUCCCACCGUUCAUCAGAGAUGAAGACAUAACCAGAGAACUAUCAAGAUACAGGAGGAUGGUGUCUAAGGUGAAGAAAGUGUCCUCUGGGUGCAGGUCUCCUCUCCUGAAGCACGUGGUGUCUCACAGGAGACGGCUGCGCUUGAUCCCGAAUAACAGGAGCAAGGAGCUCAACCUAGUAUUCAGGAUCAGGGUAGAGGACUUCGACUACCUCAUUUAUGCAACAACUGAUGACUUUAAAUGUGUUGGCUCCUCCACCGUUGUGGCGUUUUCGGCGUUCCUCAACGGCGACUACCCCCCUGCUGACCUGACCGGAGACAUCACCGUGUCCUACAGCUCACAGACAGAGCUUAAUCCUAAAGGAGUUCCCAGGGUUCUCCAGUCCAGGUUCCGUCUUCCUCUGGCGUUGCUGUGUGUUCCAUCCUCUCCGGCCAAAACCACCAAGUUUAAGAUCACCGUGGACACCAACCAGCCACCGGUCGACCUCAACUCCGUCUUCCCGGAGUUUUCAGCGAAAUCCGAAGAUAAGGACAGGAAUAGUUUGGCUUUCCACUUCCUGUCAGGAGCGACGGUGACCGUGCUGGCCUCCAAGACCUCCCAACGUUACCGCAUCCAGAGCGACCGUUUUCAGGACAUGUGGCUGGUGGUGAAGGAGUUGGUCCAGAGGUUCGACCAGCAUUUCUCCAAACUGGGAGUCAAAGACUUCAAGAAGAGCUUCAGCGGCCCGCUCCCCCUGCAGGAGUACUUCCUGACUGUAGACCACCACUUCCAGCUGCGUGUCAGUGCUCGACAGUACCAGGAUCUGCUGUCAGAGCGGGCCGUCCAGUUCAGAGCCAUCCAGCGCCGCCUGCUGACCCGAUUCAAAGACAAAACCCCGGCGCCGCUGCAGAACCUGGACACACUGCUGGACGCCACUUACAGCCAGGUGAUGGCGCUAGCGGAGGCGGCGGAGCAGAAUCGUGCGCUGCUGGAGGAGGCGUUCGUCGGCCUGCGCAGCGCCACGCACCUGCUGGUGCUGCUGCUGUCGCUGUGGCAGGGCCUGACCCCCGACCAGACGGCCAUCCUGGAGGCCACGCUGCUGCCGCUGCUGCAGGACACGCCACAGCUGGGCUGGGAGGAGAGCUGUGAUGCCGCCGUCACCCACCUCCUGCGGAGCUGCCUCUCGCGGAGCCCCAAGGACCAGGCCACUUCUCUGGCCCAGCAGGGAGGGCCCGUGCUGGGCAUGCCCCACGACACCGCCCGCCUCAAGAAGCACAUCACCCUGAUGUGCGACCGCAUCGGCAAGGGAGGCCGCCUCACCCUGGCCUCCGAGGCCAACGUCCCCGUCCCCGUCCAGGUCCAGAACCUGGCCGCUCCGGGAGGCGUCGAGCCCAUUGCAGAGGUGGCUGGUGACGGGGACGAGCUGGAGCUUCCACAGGAGGCGACCAAGUUCAUCAAGAAGAAACAGCCGUCUAAGAAAGUGAAGAAAGGUAGGAGCCUCGUCUUUGUCAUUUCAUCUCCUUCCCUUCUUUGUGUCUUUACUCGGAGCUGAAUAUCCUCCGGCUCCAGCUCACCCGUGGCUCCGCUUCACCUUGUCACAUGUCGAAAUGCAUCGACUCCCAGCAGCACAUCCGCAGCAUUGCUCCCCAGCUUGUCACUGACUCCUGAGCAGAGCUCUGACACUAAUAUCUGUUCGCUGUCUGUCACACUAUUUCUAAUCCGCCUCUCUCUGCAUAGUGCUCUCGCGCAUCUGUUAUUUGUACAUACCGUCGUGACUGCUGGUUGGCUCGCGGUCUGCAGAAUCAGCAUGGUUUGGAAUUCCCGUUUCCAAAACAUGAAAUCAAAGGAUAAUUGCAGGUGCAGCGUGGACGUUCAGUUGUUUAUUCCACCGUUCCUCCUGCUCUGUGUAUGGCUGCGAUAAGUCUCACACAACAACUCCACUCAACAAACACUACCAACCGCUAACAUCAGGCAAAAUGUGUUCAAGCCCGUGGAAACAAAGUACAAACUCAAACAGAUAUGUGGGAACAGUGCCGAUGGACUGCCGGGUUGGGUUGUGAGUCGUAUUGUUUAAAAGGGAGACAACAUAUACCAAGAUGCACCUCUUGGAGCUUUGCUUCCAGCUGAUUCCAUGAUCAUCCUGGUCAUACUGGAUGCAUCAUAAGAGUUUGUCUACAUGUGUUCUGUUCCCAGAGGACUUUCCGUAUGUUAUGGGAAGUACUGCAGGAAUAUGGCACGCUGUGGUCAAAGUUAUGAGCUAACCGGUGGGCAGUAUUUGUGUAUCAGUCAGUGUGUCCUUGGCGUAUUCAUUUUCGUAACUUGGCGCGAUCACGUGACUCAGAAUUCAUUGAUUAAAGCACUAUUUACAUCUGAGGAUUGUACAAAAUAGACAAAUUCAUUGUUAGAUGCUGUAGAAACAGGUUUUAAAAAUCUACAUUUGAAUAAAUACUUUGAUCAAAUUGUUUGCAGGAUAUUCAACCUGUUUCCUUGUAAUGCAUUUAAUACCAUGAAUAUGAGAUAUGAGGCUACAGAUAAUCACAAUCCCUCCUUGGCAUAGUGGAGGCUGCUUAAUGGUGUUCUGCCGUUUACACCUACAGUCUAUGGUCAUGUCUCUGGGUUACACUCGUUGUCUCUCUGAUUCUCCACAGUUCACUUUGUUAGUACGCCCUCUGGUGUUUCGGAGAAUCAUGCAACAAACAGCGCUUAGAGUAUAAACGCCUCGGAGGCUCCCGCUACGGCGCCAAGCGCGAGUACAAACAAAAGCUUUUUACUUAACGAAGGUUGUCUCUCGUCACUUGUUCUAAAGGCGGAGCCGCAGCGGGUAAAAUGUUUGGUGACUUCGGGCAUUGCAUUUCUGCUUUUUGCUGAUGUCGUCAUCUCUUCAUCAGAUUCUGACUUCCCGUUCACACUGGGGCAGCUUGAAGUGUGAAGAGCUUUGGAUAAAACUCAGCACCUCCCAGUCUGAGGGCCUGGUCUGACGAGCCAAACCAGCUGCCCCCUUUGUGUUGCUGCUCAUUUUACCAGUCCAUCUACAUUCCAACCCUCGCAUGAAGUCAGACUGUGAAACCUUGAGGAGCUCAGACAUCUGGUGGGAUCUCAUUCUAUAUCCACUCAUUUUGUACUGGAAGUUGAUGUGGUUUGGGCGUCUGGUCAAGAUGCCCUCCGGGCUCUUUCCUGUGGAGGAAUGCUUGGCGUGCCCAACUGAGAGGAUACCCGUAACCCCUGGACAGAUUACAGAGAUUACCCCAGGAGGAGAUGAAGGAUGUGGCUAGAGUAGAAGACAGAUUGGCUGCCUUGUUUUGCUUGCUCCCACUUUAUUACGACCAGAUAAGCAAAAAGGCAAGAUGGACGUUUACUUACU